AUGAGUUCUUCUUCUAUCUUGAAAUCAGAGUCUAGGUGCCGAAUAGUAGGAAAGAUCCAAAGCCAAAUGUUAACCCAAGAAUAUAGGCCGGUGGUGUCGUCUUUCUGGAUGGCGCUUGUGCCUACUUUGGUUGAACUUGAGGGAACUAGUGUGGAUCUUGACGUUGGUGGCAAAGGAGGUUGA